AUGCCCAAGGUCGCGCUCGAGGCCCUCUGCGCCUCCAAGGAGGCAUUCCUCGCGACGCUCGCGCCCAUCUACGAGAAGUCGCCCUGGGUCGCCGAGCGCGCCUACGCGUCGGCGCCCUUCGCGUCGGUCACGGCCCUCGCCGCGGCCAUGAGGGACGUCGUCGCCGCCGCGACGGACGCCGAGGUCGUCGCGCUGCUGCGGGCGCACCCGGACCUCGCGGGCCGGGCCGCGCUCGCGGGCGAGCUCACGGCCGAGUCGACCGUCGAGCAGCAGCGGGCGGGCCUGGGGAGCCUGACGCCCGGCGAGCUCGCCGAGUUCCGGCGGCUCAACGCGGCCUACCGCGAGGCCUUUGGGUGGCCCUUCAUCCUCGCGGUGCGCAACGCGUCGAAGCGCGCGGUCCUCGGCGCGUUCGCGCGGCGCGUCGGCGCGACGGCGGCGGGCGAGCGCGCCGAGUGCGUCGCGCAGGUGCACAAGAUCGCCUGGAUGCGGCUCCUCGACGCCGUGGCCCACACGCCCGCGGGCUUCCUCACGUGCCACGUCCUCGACACCGCGCGCGGGUGCCCCGCGGCGGGCAUGGCCGUGAGCCUCCGGCGCGUCGGCGACCACGGCGACCUGCCGGCCGAGUACGCCUUCGUGACCAACGCCGACGGCCGCCUCGACGGGCCCGCGCUCAAGGGCGACGCCUUCGCCGCGGGCGCCUACGAGUGGACCUUCCGCGUCGGCGAGUACUUCGCGGCCGCGGGCGUGCCCGUCGCGGCGACGCCCUUCCUCGGCGACGUGCCCAUCCGCUUCGGCAUCGACAACCCCGAGGAGCACUACCACGUGCCCCUCCUCUGCUCGCCCUGGACCUUUUCCACGUACCGCGGCUCCUGA